CCUGAUACCUGCAGUACACAGUACUACCAGAAACAAGGACACAAGCUCUCUCAAGCAGCCUACAGCCCAGUCAUGAAUGUCUUAGUGCUGCUUGCUCUUGUUGUUUUCACUGGGUGCAAUGCCAGUGGCCUGUGGCAGGAUCCGUCUCAGCAACAGCUGGACAUGGUGAAAGAUGCAUUCUGGGACUACGUCGCCAAGGCAACACUCACCGCUGAGGACACCCUACAGAAGAUCCGACAGUCAGAGGUGGCACACGAAGUGAACACCAUGGUCUCUGAGAGUGCUGAUGCUGUGAACCAGUACACCGUGGCCAUGCGCGGGCAGGUGGCUCCUCUGACUCAGGACCUGCUGGCAAAGUUUUCCCAGGAGGCCGAGCAGCUUAAGGCUCGUCUGGAGAAGGACCUGAGCACCUUGACAUCCAAGCUGCAGCCCUACUCUGACGAGUGGAACGCAGACAUCCAGAGGCAGGUGGAGGAGCUGAAAAGGGACAUGACCACCUACGCUGAGGCCCUGGACUCUGACACCCUGAAGACCACUUUCCUCCAGAAGAGUGAGGAGCUGAAGGGAAGCCUGGAGAAGAGUGUGCAGCAGCUGCAGGCCCAGCUGGGCCCCUACACUGAGGAGCUGAAACAGAAAAUGGACCAGAACCUGGAAGAGUUCCAAAAGAGCAUGAUUCCCCUGACCCAGAGCUUCCAGACACAGCUGACCCAGAGAACCCAGGAGCUCCAGCAGAACCUGGCCCCCUAUGGAGAGGAGCUGAAGAAGCUGGACCCAUUGGCCCAGGACCUGAAGGCCCAACUAGCUGCUCUCUGGGACUCCUUCACCAAGAAGAUCCAGUAAUCGGACUGAUUUUACUUGGUCUACUAGAACUGUGUACUGAUGAGUCAGUUUCCAUCAAAGUGCAAAAGGGCCCAUAUGUAAAUGUAGGUACCACUAUUAUGCUGUUUCACUGUAUCAGUUACGGGACUCUCCAUCUCCUGAUCAAGUUGUGUGUGAUCUGACGUCUACAUGCAGAUCUGUGUGUUUGUCUCCAUACCGGCAGGCCUCUGGAAGAUCGCCUGCCUCUCUAAUGUGUUAAUAGUGUGAACAUCAAUGAUGCAAAAGGCCUAACUCUCCACUCUGGAAACACACACACUCCCUCACACACCCUGCCAGGGGAGGUAGAAGAAAUUGAGAAUUUGGAGGAGGAGAAUGUGUAAAAUACAAAGGCUGUUUAGACACAGGGCUGAAUUAAACCAAACAUGCCUCAGUAAAGUUUGAAGAGUUUCAUUACAAAAUGCGAUAUAUUCAUUUUCAGUAAUAUUGGUAAAUUUACAUGAAAUAAAAACACAUGAUGAACGAGA